AUGGCUACUUGUUUUAAUCCUUUUAGACUAAGAAGAUCUAAGGGUAAACUAUUAGAAUUGCCUUCUUCAUCAUCAGUAACUCAAUGGAAUUCAUCUGAUGUGGAAACAAUGAAUAAGAAAAGAUUUGAUAGUUUAGAGUCAUGGUCAAUGAUAUUAGAAUCAGAUAAUGUUGAAAGGUGGGAAGUUUCUAAAGAGGAUCAAGAGAAAUGGACAACCGAUUUGUCUCAGUUGUUUAUAGGUAACAAGUUUGCUUCUGGUGCACAUAGCAGGAUUUAUAGAGGCAUUUACAAGCAAAGAGCAGUUAUUGUGAAAAUAGUGAGGAUUCCAACUCUUAAGGAGGAAACUAAAGCUAAGCUUGAACAACAGUUCCAGGUUGAAGUUCUUUUUCUUUCGUAUUUGUAUCAUCUCAAUAUUGUGCAAGUUGUAAUUCAUUUACACUACAGAAUGAUGACUUUUAUGAUCUUUUAUCAUGUUUACUAUCCUGAGAUAUUUGUGGCUAUUGAUUGUGUCGUGUGGUUUGGUUAUCGCAUUACUUUGAUAUAG